UGCGUUUGAUAUAGCUUAAAAAAGCGAUCGAAGAAGGUCCAUAUGGAACAUGGAGACAGGAGGGUCUCUCCGCCUUGGACUGGCACCCAACACCCCAGCACCGGGUAGACCCCAGGCAGCCAGCAGCUCAAACCACGCGCCCAACCCCAGCCUCACAAAACAACAGAAUCGCUUGACUGCAUAUGGUGCCUGCCCGGAUAUGGCGCGCUGUGCUCUUGCCAUGUUUGGUAGGCCGGCAUUUGUCGUCGCUCCUUCCGCACGAGACCAACAUAUCAUCUCCAACGCCGAUGCGACCAAUCGCAUCACCUCUCUUUGUAGCCCCGUGCUGGCCAAGAACGUCCCCAACGGGCUUGCCGGGAUGGGUAGGGCCAGGGGAUUGCAACCACCAGGACCCCCGCCGCGUCAGUUUGGCACAAGCACGGCCGUCGAGCCCGUUAGGGCAAACUCCGCUGACAGCAACAAAGGGAAAGCAGACCUGAGUGAUGCAAGAUUGCGACCAUCAACCAUCAACCACGGUGAUGCAGCCGUCUUUAGUGAGCCUCCCGCCUAAGGCCCCCCCCCGGAACAACCCAAAGUCUGGAAUAAGCCGAACAAAUGCCGAAGAGGUGCAUCAGUCUGGAGCCAGGCCGAGACCCUACAGCCAACACAUCUGCAGAGGCCCCGUUUGCCCAGCAUAGCGGCCCGACUUGGAUGAAUGAAGUGACAUCUCGAUAGCAAUUGUCUGGGCGUGCAGGCGGUUCGGUGCGGGGGCGCAGGGAGAGAUGGAUGGAUGGGCAGGCUGCUGUCGUGUACUAGUUUAUGGAAUUGUUGAAAUGUGCACAUCGAGGUAUGGUGCACGCCAGCCCACGCACCAUCAUCUCAAACACCAGCCUGAGCAGCGGGCGGACGGACAUCAAAUUGCUUCCGGGCACGUAUCACAUCCGGAUUCCGUAUGCUGCACUUAAAACAACUCGGAUCAGACGCCCAACGCUCGACCCUACAUGCCCAC